GUCGCAAUAAAAAGCGGCGCAGCAGUCAAACGAACACUCUUGGGCGUUACUGAUUUUGUGUAUUAAAAUUUGCCAACAACAUCGAGAAGAUGAAUCUGACGAUGACGGGCAUGCCUCUGAAGGCUACAAAACAGCUGAAAAUCACAGCUAUACCCAACCUUGAUGCCAGGAGGUUCAUGAUCAGUGUCGGGCACCAGGAGAAUGCCACUGCCCUGAUUUUUGAUGUCCGCUUCAACCACCAAGGGGACCUUCGCGUCAUCAUCUUAAACUCCUUGCGCAAUGGCUCCUAUUCCACUGAGAAGAGGGAGAAACACUUCUUAUUUCAGGAGGCAAAGGAGUUCGAGAUAACAAUCACCUUCAACCGUGAAGAAUUUCAUGUUAAGAUCCCUGAUGACUACCCUGUAUCAUUCCCGAAUUGUUUUGGUGAUGAUCAGUACAGCUUCAUCCAAGUAUUUGGGGAUAUCAACAUCAAGAGCUUUAACAUCGAAUAAGCAAGUCUACAGGCACUGGAUCUGCCCUGUCUGGCUGCUGAUUGGCUGUGAUCUGUGCCCUAUCCUCUGUGAAGCUUAACCAUGAUGCUUAUUGUUAACUCCGCUAAUGCAGUAGUGACUAUACCAUGUGUUCCUUCUUGCAAUAUGUCUCUGUUCGUUCAAACAGUGUGAACCUGUACAACUUCCCCAGCUGGUCUUCUGAAGAUAUUUUAAUAUGAAAAUAUUACUAGAUUUCUUUGAGAUGAUGAAUUCAUUAUACAUAAUUGUUCACUUACUUAAAUAUAAUCUAUAAGAAUUUAUACAUAUUGUCACAUUUACUGUAAUUCAUAUCUGUUGAUUUUCUUAACCUAAAUAAAUGUUCCUUGCCAGCAAAACUCAAAA